AAUCUUAAACCUGAAAAAUCGUGUCGGUGUUGGAUGUAUUUACCGACAAUCAUUUUAAUUUCCAGUGAGAUCAGUGAUCGCACAAUAAGAAAUGUGUGUUGAUGAGAUGUGUUGUGUUUGUUGUUUUAAACGAGCAGUCCUGUUGUGUCAGCAGUGCGGCUUUUAGUUUACACACAACAGCUAAUGACCUGCAGUAGAUCACAUUACUUCACCUGGACUAGUCCUGUUCUGUUACCAUCCACCUCGCCUCAGUCAGUUUCUCGCAUAUAUUUCGCUGACGACACGUGAAAUACCACACCGUCGGGUUCAGACUGUCAUUUUCCCAUUAAAACUGCAAACGUAAAGAUAAAAUCUGGGAUGCGUAAGGAAAAAUUCUUUAGACCUGACUGCUUUGUCUGUCUGUAGCCUACAUUUUCUCUGCUGUAGCCAAAUAUCCAUUCUGCGGUCGUAUUGCGUUGUCAGGUGUAUAAGGACUCGCAGUUAAUAGCUAUAGACACGGCAGCGUUUACCUGAGAUCAUUACCUGUGCGAAGCGCACCUGGACGGACUCACACAAACGUGGAUUUAGGGGCUUUAGUGACGACAGUUUCAAUAAGCAGGAGGUGACUGAGAGAUUUAUUAUUUGUAAAGUGAUCGGAAGUCUCCCAGCUGAAUUUCGUGUCUUGAUUUUUGUUUUAAUGGUUGCUAUGAUCCGGAACUGAUCCGUCAUAUCAUGUCCAAAUCGUCAGAUCAGUUUGACAGCUCAGACUGCGUGUGCUCUUUCGGGAUGAAGUUGACUUGGGAUAUAAAUGACCCCAAACUCCCACAGGACACGAAGCAGUUUGAUGCCUUCCAGGAGUGGACGGAUGGAUAUGUGCGUUAUAUCUACAGCAGUGAGGAUAAGAACGCACAGAGACAUCUGAGCGGAUGGGCCAUGAGGAACACGAACAAUCACAACUGUCAGAUUCUGAAGAAGUCCUGUCUCGGUGUGGUUGUGUGUUCACGUAACUGCUCUCUUCCAGAUGGGACCAAGCUGCAGCUGAGACCGGCCAUCUGCGACAAAGCACGGCAGAAACAGCAGAAAAAGCUUUGUCCAAGUUGUAAUUCGGCUCUUGAGUUGAUUCCAUGCCGAGGUCACAGCGGAUAUCCAGUUACCAAUUUUUGGAGAGUAGAUGGAAAGGCCAUUUUUUUCCAGGCUAAAGGGGUCCAUGAUCACCCCAGACCAGAGAGUAAGUCUGAAACAGAGGCAAGAAGGAGCGCAGUGAAACGAAGAAUGUCUUCACCUAACUUCUCACAGAAAAGAAGACUGGCGGAGCCAGAGCCUGGGCGCUACCAUGACAUGGCCUUUCCAAAUAUCCAUCAGCUCACUAUGGAGGGCCCAGACCGCUUCAGCAUCAUUGCAGAGUCCAAUUUCCCAAUCCAGACCCAACACUACCCUCCGUUCCAGAACCCAGAGCCCUACAAAUUCACUUACGACACGCACCCUGCAGCACCUAUGGCGGAUUCUCCAGGAAUGCAGAAGCCUGCCAACCAUCGUCUCUAUAUGACUCGACCCCCUUGUGGUUAUGAUUUUGCAGUUCCAGGAUACUUAGGCUCCAGCCCUUAUACGGCAGCCUUGUACAAGGACCCUGCUAGUCCACAAAUGGAGAGCGAAUCUAAUAAAUCUGUACCUAAUCUGAGUGGAGUGUCUCAUGGCACGAGUCCAUUAGGUAGCCACGAGCGGAGCUAUGCAGACACCAAUGGAAAACACCAUGGUUGGAAGCAGAUUUUUAGCAAAGGUGCCUAUGGGGAGCGAGGGGACUAUGCCCAGCUGCCAACCAACGCCAAUCACCACUACUACAACAGCGACUACCCAUGUAGGUACACAGGACCUGCCCCUGCCACCCCAGCAGCGCUGCAGACCAUUAUAACCACCACAACAAAAGUGUCCUACCAGCCAUGCCCUAAGCCAUCUGUUGUCAAGUAUGGGGAGAACAUCUAUGACAUGAAAGGCCUGGCUAACUGUAACUCGCUCUUGGAAGAAGCCUCUCCUACCUCCUACCCUGACUUGAAGAGUCCUGAGGAUUCGGGAGUGAUCAAAUCUUCCCUGUCGUACCAGGACACACUACCAUCUAAAAUUGAUAGGGCUGAAAACUUUGAGGGCUAUCGCUACAGCAGCUACAGCUCAAACAAUUACCCUGAACGUAUGCCACAUCCAUUCAGGUACGACAGUGGGGAAUAUUAAGUGACUGAUAGCCAGGUGUAUUAAAACGCCUGGGCAAGAUGUGUUAUACUGUACACGAAUGUGUAUUUAUUUAUAUUCAGUGUCAGAGCUAUUCAAAUGUCCUUAGAUGUUAUUGGUGGACUUUGUGUAAACCUUUGAUCAAAGUGAUGAAAAAUCAGUGUUGAGUACACUUCCAGAAAAAAUAAGUGAUGUGUUUGUAGAGCCAUGAUUGGUGACUAUCUGUUGUCUAAAAAACAAUGAAAGAAUAGUGUGUUAAAUAUGAGUGUAGGUUAGAACUGUUUUAUGAUGUUCAUUAAAAAUGGCCUUGCUUCAGCAAAUCUAAGGGCAUGUGGAGUGUUAUAUUUAUUACAUCAAAUCAGUCAUAUUUAAGAGGAGACUUGUAAAUCAUAAUACACUUACAAUACAUCAUUACAAAUGAGAAAAUCCUAAAAUCUCUCAGCAUACACAUACAGAUCUCCCUGACAAACACACCUCUGUUGGUAUAGCAUGCCUAAUAGGAAGUCUAAAACAUGACAUGAAAGCAUAUAAUCAUGGGCUUUGUGACAAAGCUUUUAAGACAUCAGAGAACUUGAGAGACACUUCUCAAACCCGCACAAUCCAGCGAAGAACAUGCUGCUCUCAGAAGGGAUCAAGGAUAAUCACAGCGAAUUAAUCAGCUGCUUUUUCUUCAUACUGUUUGAGAGAGAUGCCUUGACAGGCUUCAGACCUCCAACAACUCCACGAAACAGGCAGAAAAACCAUGACAAAAUAUCUGACAGCCCAAGAGUCCAGCGACAAGAAAAAAACUACAAAUAGAAAUAUGAAAGAAAAGAUAAUAAGAUACUGUAGACAAGGUUUGCGGCAGUAAUACCUGCUGCUGACAGCAUCUCUCCUCACAGCCACUUUGUAAGAGACGAAAACACAGGAAUGAACGAACAGACACAGAGCUUUUGUUCACACAAUUGACUUUCCAACUGGAAAUAGUGAUAGAGUUUGUGAAUAAUUGAUUGAAUGUUAGUUUGUGCAUUUGUAUUGAGAAAAAACAUCUUCCUUGGAACAACAUGAUUAUAUUGU